ACAGCAGUCGAGUACAAACAACAGCGCAUAUCACGCUAGUGGAAGGAGCAAAAAAUAAUUAAAGAGAAGCAGUAAACAUAUGUGUUGUGCAAAAGAAUGCUCCGUAUUUAUUGAGCAGUAGAUUCAGAAGAAUUUAAUAAACUUUGUGGUUAUCAUUCGUGAGCUAUAAUGGAAUACAGGGACCUCUACAAGAAUGCCUCCCGAGGCAACCGUUUGAAGGAGGGCAACAGCCGCAUAAUGAAAUCAAAACGCGAAAGCUCCCGGCAAGAAUUACAUUUUACAAACAGAAAUUUGGUUGCAUCCGAUCAUGAAAACGAUGAGAAUGAAAUUCUCCCCAGUAAGCCGCAAAUAAGGCUAUCAUCCAGUGGUAAGAAAAAGCGACGCUCGCAUCGGGACGACGAAAACAAGGAAAAUGACUUCCGCGCCAAAUACGAGGAUCGUCUGGCCAGGCUUCGCAAGUACCGAGAGGAGAAGGCUAAGGCCAAGCAAAAUACGAUCAAGGUAAAACCCUUCAUUUCCGCGGCUCCGAAAAAUGUGAUUGAUCGUGAGUAUGAGAAAAAUCUGUUUAAAAAGUCCGAGGAUGAGUUAAAAAAGUUGUCGGAAAAAAGGAGACAUCUGACGCCAGCAGGGAAACACGCAACGCCGAAAGUGGAUACCCGUCGGAAGAGAGACCAAGUUCCACGCACAGAAGACAAGCAACCCCCCAAGAGAACCAUUAUGAGCCUGAAAACUCCUGCGUCGAUAAAAAACGCUAAAUCCAAGAUAGAUACCAGGCGAAAAGAAGGGGUGGAGCCAAACCCGGCGUGUAAAGGACAACAUAAGAUCGUAAACACGAACACAGUAACAAAGACAAAGACAGUAACAGCUACAAAGUCAACCACAAGAGCUGCAGCUGUUUCAACGAAUAAAAAGGGGAUGACUGUAGAGCUGGCGCCGGGAUGCACUGGAACGAAGAAAUACUUGGAUGUUCGCUCGGGACAGAAAUCCACCGGAUUCAAUUUCAAGUUCAACAACGAUGGUGAAAUGGUAACGUCCACUAACCGCAAGCGGAGUAAGGAUCUAGAGAAGAAGCGUCGAGGGAAAGGUCCGGACCAGCUGGAGCUGUAUCGAUUCUCUCCGAAAGAACACGCAAAGGAUGACCUAUUCGAGGGCAUCAGUCCUAUUGACUUGGACACCCCAACCCCGAAGAAAGUGGUAAAGGAUACGGACGCUUUCACGAUGGGAAAGCGGGAAGCAAGGCGACGAUCUAUGAUAUUCACGGUCGAAGACAUCAAACCGAGGGAAGUGAAACAGGAACAGCAAGACGAUGAAUGGGAGCCGCAGGUUAUAGUUUUAUCGGACGAUGAUUCCCUGGGAGAGUUUGGCGUCAAGGAAGAACCCAAAGAAGAGGUACAAGAUCAGAGAAAAAUGAACGAAUCGUACACUGUUGCGAUCAAACAGGAAGAAACGGUUGAUCGACGCCCAACGUUUGAAGCACGUACACCUGUAAAAGUUUAUUCACCCAGGCUGAUAGGAAGUGGCAGAAAGUCACUUGGUGCAAGACCCUCGUUGAUUUUUGUUGAGGAAUAUAGUAAUGAUACUGUAUCCGUUGAGAACCCAGUUAUGGAUAGAGCCAAAAUAGUAACCGGGCGGGCUUCUCUUGUGUUUUUUGAGGAAAAGAAUGUCCAUCCCGAGAUUGCGACGAUUGAGGUGUUUGAUUCCCCCAUAAAAACGGGAACGGCGAGUCCAUCGUGUCGAUUGUCUGGUACGCCAAAAAUGGGUUUCCUCGAACAGGAUAUUCCACAUUCACGACCCCUGCCGGAGAGUAAUCUCGCCACAUUACUUCUCAACAAACAGGAAUCUAAACGUCGCAGCAGUGGUGGAAAUCGUCGUUCCUCACUUAAUAGCUUCCGAGAGGAGGAUCAACCCCCAACGGAUGUUCGCGAGAAAGUCGUCUUCUAUCAUAAUUUGGUAGAAAAAGAGUUGAAGCGUCUCCAGGAACUGUGCAAUCUCUACCAAAGCGAUUCGGAAAACGACGCUAUUGGCGAAAACAGCAGGGGCUUGAUUAUUGCAGCCCAGGGACAGACCAAUAUCCUCAUCAAUAAGAAGCUUUCCAAAUUCAAAGAGCUUGUCGGACACUACGAGCUCAAUUGGUCAGACCAGAAGGUUCGAUCGGAUGAUUUGGAUGGUUUCUGGUUGAUGGUAUCGUUGGAUCUGGAAAAUUUAGAUCGACGUUUCGAAGAACUUCGACUGUUGAAAGAAAACGGCUGGCAGGAAGUAAUCGAGCAGCCAAAGGUGAAGAAGCUUCAAGGUGGCGGUGGAAUCAAGAAGCGCGAGAAGAAACCGAUGAAAACGAAAGCUAGCGGUCUCGCCGAUUUGAUUAAGAAAGCACGUGAGGAGGCCAAAAAGAAGAAAAUGAUGGAAACGGCACUCACGGAGACCGUAACCGUAGUGACGCCGAUCAAGCGUUCUGUCCGCAUCGCCACGACUCCAAGGCGCAGCAGUAUCACCCGGAAUAGCAUCUGUGCUGGUUGUACUCCCACAUCAGCCAAAAACAUGGGAACUAAAAUGUCGAGGAAAACCAUUUUCAAUGACCACACCCUGCGGCAAAAAGAGAUUGUCAAGUCAAUUCUUAAAACACCGAGUGAGAAACGUCGACCCAAAAGCGUUUUGUUCUUGGACUCCGGUUUGGAUACACCGGAAGCACGUCACUCGAGUAGUGGUGGUCGAAAAAUUGUCCACACACCAAAGCCCAAAAUAACGUUCAAGGAGGAGCUGGAGGUGGAAAACGUCGAAACGAUUUCGUUGACCACACCGUACAAACUGGACGAGGAAAUCCGUAGACGGAGACGCAGUUCACUGUUUCCAGUGGAGCAGCAGGUGGAAGAAGUGCAGCAAAGCCCCAGGAGGAGGCUGGAGGAGGAUCAUGAACGGGAAGAAACGCGUGACCAAUUCAGUUCAACUAUGGAACUCGCAAAUGUAAGGAAAGCUAAAACUCGAGUGAGAAACAAGGAAAGAGUUUCAUUCGCUUAAGACUGAAGACGUUUUAAAUAAGAUAUUUUAUUAAGUUUUAGUUGUUAAAUUUUCAUUAGAUAUUGGCUCGCAUGUACUUUUGAAAAAAGGUUCACUACUGGAGGCAUGAUUUAUAUGCGAUUGUUGUAUAGUGAAUACAGUAUUUUGAACGA